AUGAUUCGAAAAUAUCAAUCUAGAUAUAAAAAACGUCAAAAAACUAAAAGAGUAGAACAAUUAAUUCAGUCUCAAAAAGGUGCUUUGGAUAAGUUUUUUUUAAAGGAUACCCAAGUAGUAGAGGAAAAUGAUGUUAAUUCUCACUCUCAGGAAUUAAAUGGAACUAAUGUUGAUGGUGAGAAUGUUGAACAAGAGGAAAUUGUGGAUGGUGUUGUUAAUAAGGAGAAUGCCAAUAUUUCCCAUAAUUCUGAACAAAAUAUGGACCAUAAUUCUGAUCAUACUAACCGCAAUGUUGAGCAAAAUGAAUCUGUUUAUGUUGACAUAUAUGAUCCAAGAAAAUGGGAUUCUCUUGAGUCUAAAUUAAUUGACAUUUUGGCUGUAAAUGGCCCCAAAAGAGACUUGAGCAUUGUGAAAGGCCCCAAAGACAAAUUUCUUCGUAGAUUUUCUUCAACCUUUUAUACAAGAUAUUUAUCGAAUGGUGAAACUUGUGAUAGGGAAUGGCUUGUUUAUUCGAAAGAGCUCGACAAAGUGUUUUGUUUUUGUUGA